AUGCGCCGCUUCAGCCAGCCAGUCACACCUAGCACGAGCACGAGUUUGCUAGAAAUCAUAAGGCCUGCGUACGGCACGUCUAUAGUGAUGCUUGUAGACAAGGUAACCCUCCGCUCAUUGACUCACAUGUGCACGCAGACAGAGAUUGCAGAGCACGGAGUUGUGUCCGUGGUACUCAUUGAUACAGUAGAGUCACUCUCUGGAGCAGCAGGAAACCCGUGCAUUGCAUAUAUAUGUCCCUCUAAUGAAUCGCUGUCUACUGUACACAAAAUUGUUCGGCUUUCGCAAGAAAGGAAGCUCUUCAAAGAGUUUCACUUAGUAUUCACGGGACUUGUGCCGGAAAAUACUGUGUCUGAUCUAGCUACAAGCGAUUCUAGCAAAUUCAUCCAAACCAUCCGUGUCGUAUUUGGAGCCCACUCUAUGCUCGGUGCGCGGUUUGCACUACUACCACAAGAAGCCGAAAAUCCUUACAGUGAAGCAUCUAUUCUGCGGCAAUCAGACAACCUUCUGAACUUUCUAUUAUCAAUGGGAGUGGAACCAUUUACCGUUAGGUAUCUUUCUGUCUCCUCCGCAGCUGCCUCAUUGGCAGGCCAUCUCCAUAAGCACAUCACCCUAAGAAAGAAUCUCUUUAGGUAUAAUGCAAAAGGAUUAAUUAAUUACGAGACCAAGUCUGUCAAGCGUGACGGCUCUAUUGUGGGUUCAAAAGCUCGCUUUCCACCCCGUACUAAGCCACUAGAGAUAAUAAUUCUCGAUAGAAGGGCAGACUUGCAAUCGGUGAUUAAGCAAAACUGGGCGUUACUGCCUCUUCUAAGCGAUUUUGAACUAUUAAAUAGCGAGACAUUGGAAUUCUGCGACGAAACUAAUACAAAGCAUCAGUUUUCUAAGACAUCAUCCGUUCUCUUCGACCAGACGUACGCAGCAGACUUUUUUGUCUUGACCAUGAGCAUUAUUCCAGAGUUAAGGAAGUAUUCACAAGAGCUCAGUUUAAGUCAAGGAGAAAAGAAUGCAGUAAUCGGCAUUUGCAGCGCUGCAUCUACCCUCUCGGAGUAUAUCGGGAAGAUAAACCAUACCAGGAUUUCACAGAUUGAGAACUCUAUGCAUAAUGACAACUCCAGUGAGGCCAUCACACUUUUGGAAAAGUUUUUUGUGUCUCAAGGUACGCAGAAAAGCAAGACUAAACAGGAUAUUCUGCUCCAUAUCAUGGAAAGUGACACUAGCACUGCAAAGAAGCUUUUGUUUCUCGAGAUUGUCGUCUCUCUGUUUUUCUCCCUAGUUGUGUUAAUUACCCUUCAGUACAAUGUGUUCAGCAUCCAGAGUGUUCUGAAAAAGUUACAAGCCAUAGCUACAAAGUUCUUUCAUGCAGCAGAGCAGGCAAAUAUAGAGUUAGCCCAGCAAAUGGGUGCACACAGUGAGAAGCUAUCCCGACACAUCAAGAGACUGACUAACGCUACCAGUGUGUAUCUCACUAACUAUGGUCGGCAGCUGGCAAAUGCCUUCUACUACCAAUGGGAUAAUGUUGAAACCUCUGCCAAGACAGCCAUCACUAAUAGAGUGGUGUCUGCGACUUCUCCAGGACAAGGGACGAGUCUAGAUGGAAACAUGGAGCUGACAGCAUACCUUAAUGGCCACAACGCGUCUCUCCAGCAAACAGACCCGACGAUUCUCUCCCAAAUAGGUGCAAAUUACUCAUACAAGCCACGAGUUCUCUCUGUUGCAGAGGCUGCGAUCUGCAAUCUGCUCUUGGAGAGUGACUUUCCGAUCACCUCGGCAACAGACCGAAGUCAAAUGGCAGAUGUUCUACGCGAUUCUGAAGAGCAUCAGGUCCUCAUUUAUGUCUUAGGAGGCGUUUCACAAUCCGAGCACGCAGCUCUCGAGACAUACGACUACUAUGGACAGUUCAAUCAAGCUGCGCGAUCCCCAGGUCUUUUCAAGCGCAGACAGCAAGAAGUCACGGGUGCGGUGAUGUGUGGUCUGUACAACAAACUUGUUACACUUGCUUCGGACAGGAUUGUGUCGCGACUCUCAUUAGUCCGGGACCUCGUCGAGGACAUCACGAGCGGCCAGGGGGUGUUCCUCAAAGCAUAA